GAUGGCAUAAAGGGAAGAAACAUAGCACGGCAGUGGAGAGGCGUGGCCACAUAGGUCUAAUGACAAGUGGACGUGGGGAGGAGCUGCAUUACCUGUGCAGAGCCAGGAGCCAGUGCACAGUGAACAGUACACCUGUUGCACUUCCCAGGCUCUCUCUUUUCUCUCUCUCCCUUUUCCUGUCCCUCCUUCCUCCCUCUUUUUUUUUUUUUUUUUUCUUUUGCCUUCACUUGUCCGAUAGCACAGGGGAGCAGACGGCCUCAUCAUGGAUCCUAAAGAGGCCGGCGGGAGCGAGAAGGAGAAGGAGAAGGAGAAAGAGAAGGAUAAAGGCAUAAAAAGGAGGAACCGGCCAGUGUUUCUGCGUUACCUGGAGAGGAGAAGGACAGACACUAUUGUAUCUGAUGACAUGGCCAAAGGUGACAUCAACCUGGGGACGCUGGUGAGGAGGAGUCAGUCGGACAAGACGGAGUACAGCGCCAAACUUAAAGAGAAAAUGACACCACCCGACCUGUCCACACCGUCCUCUCCAGCGGUGGACCCAGAGGAAAUUCGUCUGAGGAAGAUGAGCCGCAGGGCAAAGGUCAUUCAGGAGCUGGUGCAGACUGAAAAAGACUACCUCACUGACCUGGAGCUGUGCAUCAGGGAAGUAGUCCAACCGCUACGAAAUUUGCAGGUUGUGGAUGUGGAUCGACUGUUCACCAACAUGGAGACAGUGUGUGAGGUCUCUGCAGCACUCCUUCACAGACUGAACGAGGCCAUGGCUGACCCUGAUCCUGAAGCAGUAGUCAUAGGAGAAGUGUUCAUCCAGGCGAAGGCAGCUUUAGAGGAUGUGUAUAAGAUUUACUGUUACCACCAUGAUGAUGCUAACAUGUCGCUCAAGUCCUAUGAGAAGGAGGAGGAAAUAAAGAAACAUUUUACCACAUGUGUAUUAGCACUUAAGAAAAUCUAUGACCAUGAAGGGAAACCAAAUCUGUUGGAUAUGGGUUCGCUGAUCAUCAAACCCGUCCAGAGGAUCAUGAAGUACCCAUUACUGCUUGGAGAGCUGUGGCAGGCAACACCUCAGGACCACCCUGACCAUCUGCCGCUGCAGGAGGCUUUCACUGCUGCCAAGAUCAUAAAUGUGAACAUCAAUGAGUUCAAGAGACGCAAGGAUAUCGUUAUGAAGUAUAAGAGGCUGGAAGAUGAAGGCACAUUGAGGGGGAAACUAAACAAGUUCAACAUCCACUCAAUUCGGAAGAAAGGCGACAGGUUUGCUGGUUAUCUCAAGAUCCUCACUGGAGUGGAACCACAGGUGAGAGAUGAAGUAUUUGACAGAGAGGAGAAGCUGUUCAGGAGUCUGGAGAAAGCUGUGAGGCAACUGGUCAAGAAUGUUCACUGUUACCUGCAGUACACUCAGGAGAUGGUGUCUGUAGCUGUCCAGAGCGUGCAGGACAUGGAGAACAUGGUCAAGGAUUCAAACAGAAGUGACACCAACGGUUCAUCUCACAGUAAUGGCAAUGAUCCCUACAAGCACUUUAAAACCAGCAUGGAGCACUUGGUCCUCGCCCCGCUCUCCUCUCUGCAGGGCAUGUUCACUGCUCCACAGAAGCUCAUCCAGAAACGUUACGACAAGCUGCUAGAUUACUGCAGCCGCCUGGAGCGCUCAUCCUCCUUUUCAUCCUCGUCCUCCACUUCUUCUUCGUCCUCUCCCUCACCGGUGUCAGAAGACCCACCUGGUCCCGCCAGGAGGGACUACGAAGCCCUGAAUGCUUUGCUGGUGGAGGAGUUGCAGAGGUUCAACAAGGCUGCCUAUACUAUCCUGACCAACAGCGUGGUGUAUCUGGUGGCCCUACUCAGAAGACUGAUGGAUAGCAUAUUGAUCGGAGCUCCAUCUGUACAGCAGCUACCAGCUCCGCUGUCAAACAUCGUGGAGGUGCAGAACAGCAUCAUGGACGAGCUGAACAAUCUGACGUUUGUCAAGGAUAACGCGCAGAAGUUGAUGGAGCGAAAAGUCAGCUUCGAGAGACAACGAGAUAAAAAAGUAGUGGUGCCGGAGGUGCAGCAUCAGACCGAGGAGCAGCGUGCCUGGCUGCUAGCAGAAUACCCGCUGAACCGCUUGUACCAACUGAAGAGGAAGUGUAAUGGCUGCCAGGAGCAGGACCUCAGCCUGCUGGAGGGGGAGCUGGUGGCCCUGCUGGAGGACACCGACCCAUUAGGAAGCAGCAGCCGCUGGCUAGUUCACACAGGAGGUGCGCAGGGCUACGUCUACUCCACCUUCCUGAAGCAGUACAACCCUCUGAGGGACUCGCAGCGGGCAGGCCAGAUGGCUAAAGAGCAGCAGCAGCAGCAGCCAGCUGCCAUGGUGGAAGAGGACUUCGACGACAUAAGCCUGUUUGUGUCGGGGAGCGGCAGCAGCAGCCUGCGCAGCUUCAACCUCAACACCACUGACAGCAACUCGAGCCUCGCUGGUGUACAGUGGGAGCUGGAGAGCAACGAAGAACUGGUGGACGUGGUGGAGACAGAGGCUCAGCAGUUUUAUGCUGUGUAUGCAUUUCAAGCCCGCUGUGACCAGGAGCUGACCCUGCGGGAGUACCAACAUGUCCGCAUCCUCCAGUUCUGUGACCUGGGAGGCAAUAAGGAUUGGUGGUUAGCUGAGUCUAAUGGACAAAAAGGAUAUGUGCCAGCCAACUACCUUGGCAGGAUGUCCUAUGCAUAAAUACAGGGCCUCUGUCUACGCACAGGAUUGAAACUCCCCCCCUCAAGAAAAGUGAUCUUUUAGCAUAAAAAUGGUAGAAACUUUACUCUUUCAUGUAUCGCUGAACCUGGAUGUCCUACCUAAACUGCACUUUCCCUAAAUAUUUCUAUCAGAUGUUUCAUACCAAAAGUGUUGUUGAAUCCUCUUUGCCUUCGAAAGAUCCCGAGAGCUGACCAAUGGUACCGUGACCAAUUAUCUGUGACGAGCACUUUUUGUACCUCAGUGUUGUCGAGUUUAUAUUAAUAAUGAAGUGAUUCAGUCAUGAAGGAAAAUUUAUAUGUGAUUUAGAGAUGAAGUAUAUGUUAUAUGUAAAUGAUUUAUAUGCAAAGUUUUAUGUCUAUUCUCUAUCAGACCCGAAAUGAAGAAAUCUAUGUUAUCGUUUAUAUUUUCUCAAGUACAUUAUGAAUAAAUGUGACCUCUACGA